AUGAACUUAAGAAUUGAUGAUCUGCUAGGCCUUAUUUACGUAUCAGCAUGGUCUAUUUCAAUGUACCCACCAAUCAUAAAGAAUUGGAAAUGUAACUCAAGCAGUGCUAUCUCUAUCGAUUUUGUAUUAUUAAAUGCCGCCGGCUAUUUUUAUUUAUUAACUUCCUUAAUAUUACAAGUGUAUUUUUGGAUUCCUGUUAGUACAGAGCUUUUGAAUACUGAGCAGCAAUUAUUGAAACCUAAAGUCUCUGUACUUGACAUUAUAUAUUGUAGUAAUGGGUUUAUUAUGACUGUUGUUUUACUAACCCAAGUCGUAUGGGGUAGAAAAUUAUGGAAUUUUUUAAAGGAUAAGAAGAGAAGGAUGACUAAUUUCUUUCAUAAAUUGUUAUGCCUUUCUAUUUUUUGUUUCACGUUUAUCACUUUCCAGUAUAUAUAUAACAAUAUUAAGAACGGUUGGUCAAAUUCAGAAACCUUAUCAUAUUGUAAUCAAUUAUUUCUAAUGAAAAUUUCAAUGUCAUUAGUUAAGUAUAUCCCACAAGUAACAUAUAAUUAUAAUCGAAAAUCAAUGAAAGGCUAUGCUAUCCAAGGUGUAUUUUUAGAUACGAUAGGGGGUGUUGCAUCAUUAGCUCAAUUAGUUGUUCAGUUACAAAGAGAUCAAAAUUUCAGUUUUUUAGUGUUUAUCACUAAUUUUGGGAAAAUAGGCCUCGGUUUAGUGACGUUGGUAUUUAAUUUCAUUUUUAUUUCACAAUGGAUGAUUUAUGAGAGUUAA